CGGAAACAGAGGAAAGAAAAAGCUUCUCAGAGUGAUAUAGUUGUUCGAGCGGAUGAAAUCAGUUUUGAAUGUUUAAAAAACGUCGACCGGACAGCACAAGUUUUACCUCCAACUGAACUGCGGCCUGACCCUGUUGCUCAAACAUCUUGCCCCCCUUCCUGCCCUCCCGUCCAAUUUGUGGUGCAACUGACCAGCGGUUGGACUCCCGCUGUUGCCAUGGCGAUCCUGUUUGCAGUGGUGGCUCGUGGCACCACCAUCCUGGCCAAGCACGCCUGGUGCGGCGGAAACUUCCUGGAGGUGACAGAGCAGAUCUUGGCCAAGAUCCCAUCCGAGAACAACAAACUGACUUACUCCCAUGGCAGCUAUCUCUUUCACUACAUUUGUCACGACAGAAUUAUCUAUCUGUGCAUCACAGAUGAUGACUUUGAGAGAUCCAGGGCCUUCAGCUUCUUAAAUGAGGUAAAGAAGCGCUUCCAAACAACGUAUGGGUCACGGGCACAGACAGCGCUCCCGUAUGCCAUGAACAGCGAAUUCUCCAGCACGCUAGCUGCUCAGAUGAAGCACCACUCAGAUCUUCGGGGUUCCGACCGCGUUACUGAGACCCAAAUGCAGGUGGAUGACCUGAAGGGUAUCAUGGUUCGCAAUAUCGACCUCGUGGCCCAGAGGGGAGAGAAACUGGAGCUGCUGAUUGACAAGACUGAAAACCUGGUUGACUCUUCUGUUACCUUCAAAACCACCAGCCGUAACCUUGCACGGGCCAUAUGCAUGAAGAAUCUGAAAUUAACCAUCAUCAUUGUGGUGGUGUCCAUAAUCAUCCUAUACAUCAUCGUCUCUGCAUCCUGUGGGGGUCUGAGCUGGCCUACUUGUGUGAAGAAAUAAGAAGGGGACAAACGAGUUGCACCUUUCCCACCCAUACACAUCUUCCCCCACCGCUGUCCAUCAGGAGGGUCCAGCCCUUUGUCUUACAGUCAGAUGUGGCUUGAACUGGACCUUACUUAAUCUUCUUUCUUCCAUGCCACUUACCACCCUGCCUGUCUCCUGUGUAAACUACCCUGCCCCUGCGGUGGGUGGCCAUUCUAAGAUUACUAAACAGACCAGACAGGAGAACUUGGAAAUGCAUUGGUAACCAUGCAUAUUCUGAUGUGCUCAGCACUCUGUGUUACAGAUUAGUAUUAUUCUUGGAAUGAUCAGUUUAAGUAAAAAAUAUACAGAUUCAGAUGUUUGCUCAUUUUAAUUUUGUAAUGCAGUCUUGCUCCUGUAAAUUCCCAAGCAGAGGGAUGUAUUUGGCGAAAGAACUGUAUUGUGAGAAUGAAACCAGCAGCUGGCACAUGCAAAUGGAGAUCUGCAUUGCUGCUUCGACUGAACAUACUUCUGGAGGUUAUUGGUCUUUAACUUGUGCGACAGCUGGCACCUGGCACCUUUCUUAAAAAGCUCCAUCGUUCGCUUUAGGUUCCUUUUGAUGACUUUGGAGCAGUAUCCGGCAUGUCAUGUUGAGUUUGCACAUUGUGAAGCAUGAUGGACUGACAUAACAGCUGGGGUCCUGCAAGGGGCUUCCUCAGAGAGAUUAAAUAUGUAACCCAAACUCAUGCUGGUAUUUACCUUAGUGGUGAACUGGUUUUUCCCAAGACACAGGUGUAAAAAGUAAACUGUUGUUUAUGGACCCAUGUCUUUAGCACAGUGUAGCCUGCAGCCGUGGCCUCUGUUUGUGCCCUUAAGAAAAGCAAGGCUUUUAUAAUGUUCCUUUCAUUAAAGGUAUGGCACUGUACAGACAUUGAUUCUUUUUUAAUUACAGUGUUCACAAGAAAGAAAGGUAUUUAAGGGGGGAUUUUUACUGUAUGUAUAAAUUGUGCAUAUAUCAUGCAUAUUGAAAACAUGCAUGUAUAUAUGUUUGUGAAUAUUGUAAAGCACUACUUUAAUGCAGAGAGGUUAUUUUGCAUCACCCUUUAGUUCUUGUUAGGAGAAGCAUGGAGCACCAAAUGGCCUAAUCGUGGUAAAUUUUCACACUGCUGUGUAUUGCAGUUCUUAAGAGCCAUUUUCGUAGACCAUAGUACUGUCCAGUCAACACAGUUUGCCCUCAUUUUAUGCUGACCAUGUGACUUUAAAUUUUGGACCGUUGGCGUAAUGAGUAGCAGUGGCGCAAUGCUGAGUCUAAAAAAAAAAAAUGGUCUGGAUCAAUGUCUGAAUGUGUAAAGGUUUACUCCAGGUAGUAGAUGAAGUCAGGAGCAGACUGUGUGUUAUUGUCACAAGUUAAUCUGGAGGCCGAAUAGAAAUUGUCACAUGUUAAGUGAAUCGGUAAAUUCCCUGUCCGUGUGAAUAAUCACCAUUAAUGUUGCUUGUGGGAAGUCCAGUGAUUUGCGCAUAGGAGGACUUUCACCUGUUUUCUACCUUGACUGUAAUUAAUGAAAAAAUAACUAGCAAUCUUUUUUUUAUGCCGCUCUUUGUACCAUGUUUGCAGCUACCAUAAAUUGUUGCUUUUUUUGGUUUUGACAGGCGCUACAUAACAUGAUGAAACACACUAGCAUACUUAAAGGAAACGGGCAGUGUGAGAUCAGAUGUAUGGAGGUUGUGAAAAAUGAGGAUACAUGCAACCCGCAAUUACAACUUCUGGUCGGUGUUAUAUGCUCUGUGUGAUGUGGAUACAAAUCCUCAGACUGGUUUCCAAAAUGCAGUUUCUCAGUGGGCUCAGGCUGAGUUCAGGUUAUGUUGAGCCCUCCCAUAGCCGUCCUUGUCAAAGCACCCCCAGACUCCGUCCCUGUAGAUCCUUCUCUCAUGGAGCGGGAAGGGCAAGGGAAACUCUGGGAAAGGGAUAAAAGGAUGCCUUUCUACUUUAAAACUGAGUUGCUCGGUUCAUAAUACUGCCAGGGCAGAACUCUCUCUACGUUUCAGGCCUUCAGGUCAUGUUUAGUUCAUUUGCAUACCUUCCUGUGAUGAUGGGUUGUACUGACAGGUACUCUGCACUUGGGGCUCACGACACGGGAUGGGAUCAUGACGGUGAGCUUUGGUUGCCACUGGGUGUGCCCAUGGUAACAAGUCCUGUUGAAUGUCAGAUGUUUUUGUGGGUUGCUGUCAGGUGUUUUUGUGUAUUUUGCACUUUUUAACUUGUGAUCUUCCUGCCAUCAUGUCUCAUGUUGUACA